GAAGCAUAUAAACGUAUUCUUCUUAUAAAUCUUCCUUUAGCAAUACCUGAUUAUAUCCAAACGUAUCCUGUUUGUGCCCAUCUGAUACUUGUGCUUACAACAAAAAAAUGUCCGCUGAAACUCUAAACUUUGGUCCACAAUGGCUUCGAGAUCUUUCUAGUGGUGGCUCUAAUGUAACAAGCCCACCCCCUUCCCCAGCCACACAACCUCUAAUCAAGUUCAAACUUGCUCAGCAUAGGUAUGGCCGGGAAGAAAUGCUUGCUCUAUUUGAAAAACACGAUAACGUUCCUUCUGAACUAUUUCGUGCACCAAACCUUAUCAGUGAAGAAACACUUACUCCUCUUGCUCUUAUACCAUUAACUGAAGAUGAUCAACGUGCCUUUUCUGGGGGAGUAAACAGUGACGUAAUGCAUCGAAGUCGGGGUCCUGGUGGUCCUCUUGCCUUGGGCCGUGGCCGCUCAAUGCCCCCACGUGGGCGGGGCAGGGGGCGUGGGGAAAUGUUUUCCCGAAGUAUGAGUCAAAGUGAGGAUGGUCCUUCUUAUGGGCGAGGAUCAAGAGAAUACAUUAGAAGGGACAGUUGGGAUGACAGAGGGUUCAAUAGAAAUGGUCGAUCGUUUGAGGACACGGCUCCUCGGAAACCGGUUCGUCGGUCUGAUGCGAGUGAUGAUUGGAGGAAUGAUGCGAUCCGUGGAAGUGGAGAUGGAAAUGAGAAUGAUAAAGAGGGAGGAUCGGACUGGAGACCUCCUGCUCCGAGGAAAGAAGGUUGGAGAGAACCUGGUCGAGGCAGCUGGAGGGAGAGGGAAGACAGAGGUUGGUCUAAUGAUACGUUUCAUCGAGAUAGGAGGCCUGUGAACAGAACCAGGUCUUAUGGAAGCAAUAAAUAUGAUAGUGAAGCUGGUUUGAUGCCAGAGUGGGCGGAUGAUGCAGAUGAAAGUGAAGUUGGUGUAUUUGAUCCUUCUGGUGCAUUUCAAGCACAGAAAAAAGGGGGUAAACGCGGGGAUCCUAAAUUACCGAGGGACUCUGAUCGUGGGAUAAGGAGAAACGCUUCCUCUUUUGGCUCACUGAAGAAAAUAGAAGAGAAAGAAAGGAGCAGGAGUGAGAGGGAAGAAAUAGGGAGAGGAGGAGCUGGUUCGAAAACACCAGAGGAAAAACCAGAAACCAAAGAAAAUGGCAAACCAUAUGGUUCCAGUGGAUCAACUCCUACCACCCCAAACAACCAACCUGUUUUAAAAGAUCAUGAAAAACAUGAACCAACUUCACCAGAAAAGUCACCAAUUAAAGAGAAACCAGCAGAACCAGAAAAAAGACCAGAUCUGGUUGAAAGAGAAGUCCCUUCACCUAAUAAAAGUGUUGAAAGUUUGGAAGAAACCAAAAUGCCGAAUAAAACCAUGGAAGAAACCAGAGGAAAACAGACAGAAGAAGAGGUGGACCAUUUGAGUCAUCAUGAAAUGAACGCUCUUAAGUUAAUUGAUUCACUCACUGACUUUGAUGAGCAACCCCAGGUUGAAGAAACCCCCACACCAACACGCUUACCCCCGGCCCUUGACCCCCUAUCCCUAAUCCAGGGUAAUGUGACCCCUAAUGUGCCAGACCUAGCUAUGAAGUGGUUCUAUAAAGACCCCCAAGGGGAAACGCAAGGUCCGUUCAGUUCACAGGAGAUGGGUGAAUGGUUCAUGGCAGGUUACUUCACUUCUAAUCUUCUUGUUAAGCGAGCGUGUGAUCCUCAGUUUGUACCACUAGGUGACCUCAUUACAAGGUGUGGGGCUGUUCCUUUUGGCCCACAAUCAGUACCACAGACCACCAGCUCUGAUGUAAUAAAAGCACAGAAACAAGCUGAGCUGUUAAAACAACAACAACAACAAAUGCAGCUUCAAUUGCAUCUGCAGAAACAACAACAAUUACAACAACAACUUCAACAACAGCAGCAACAACAAUAUCAACAGCAACAACAACAGCUCUUACAACAACAAAAACAACAACAAAUCCUGCGAGAAUUUCAACAAAAACAACAACAACAACAGCAACAGCAGCAGCAACAACAAGCAGUGUAUGCGACCAUCGUAUCUAAGCUCAGUGCUUCAGAGGAGUUUUUAUCAAUGUCUGCUCAACAACAGCAAGCCACAGUUGCUCAAUACAUGGCUUUCAUGCAGCAAUCAUCCUCAGGAGAUGUACCCACCACUACUCAGUCUAUAUGGGACUCUGAUACUUCUGCUUUACGCCGGCCCUCACCUGUUUCUAUGGUCACCUCACAACAACAGCAACAAUUAGUCGAUAUUCUUAAACAACAGGAGCAAGCUGCAGUAAAGAAGAAACAACAAGAAGAGGAGGAGGAGAAAUUAAAAAGAGAGAAAGAAGAGCUGCAAAGAAUAAAGGCACAAGAAGAAGCACACAGAUUACACAUGGAGGAAUUACAUAAGCAAAAAGUGAUGGAAGAAUUAAGACAGGCAGAGAUCCGGAGAGUUCAAGAAGAAGAAGAUCAGAUGCGUAGAGAGCAGGAGGAAAGGAGGUUGAAAGAGGAGCAGAGGAGAAAAGAAGAGGAGGCCAAAGCUCGGAUAGCAAUUGCUAAGUUACAAGAAGAGGAAGAGCAAAGAAAAAAAGAAGAAGAAAUGUUGCAAAGGAGAGAAGAGGAGGAGAUUCGAAAGGCAAUGGAGGAGGAGAAAAGAAAGAAACAGGCACAGGAGGAGCAAGAGAAGAGGAUCCAUCAUCUUAAAAUGGUGGAAGAAGAGAAGAGGAAGAGAAUACAAGAGGAAAAAGCACAAGAAGAAGCAUUGAAGAAGCAGAAAGAGUUAGAAGCCCAGAGACUCAAAGAAGAAGCAAUAAGAAAGCGCCAACAAGAACAACUGAAAAACAUCAAACUACCAACAACAGCAAACUGGGCCGAACAACAACAACAACGUCAGCAACAACAACAACAACUAUCAGUGUCGGAAAUACAAAAGCUACAAGAGAAAAAAGAACAUGAGAGGCAACUACAAGAACAACAGAUGCGAGUCAUUUCUCAAAAGCAGCAAGCCCAACAACAGCAGCGUGGUGUGUGGGGUGGAACAGCCCCAGUAUUCCAAGCCCCCACCACCCCAUCCAACACCACAAUGUCCUUGAUGGAAAUACAAAUGGAAGAAGCACGCAACCAACAAAGAGGACAAGCCAAACAACCACAACCGCAGAAACCAGAUUUAAGCUUACAAGCUUCAGUGGCGUGGGGUGGCCGAAGUAAUUCUGCUGCAACCAGUGUAUGGGGGAACCAAACCUUUCAACCACCACCAACUCAACCAUCGUACUGGGACCAAGUUGCAAAAGCAAAUAACCCAAAACCAGUGAAGCAAAACAACACCAAACCACAAUUUCAGACCAGUUAUAAACAGAAAGCAAAGGCAAACAACACUAACAAUGAGAACCAUAAUGUGCUUGCCUUGUUCAAACAAACUGAGGCACAAACCGAUCCAUUUGUCUCCUGGUGCGACACAGAAAUCAAAAAGCUUCCUUCAGCAGUAAACCUUGACAUCCCUACGUUCGUUGCGUUCUUGCGUGACGUGGAGUCGCCACACGAGGUAAAAGACUAUGUGGCGUCUUACCUUGGAGAGUCAAAACCUGCACGAGACUUCGCAGAAGCUUUUCUUCAGCAACGACUCACGCUUAAGAAACAACAGAAACUUGAAGAACAAAAACAACAAGAAAAACAAAAGCAACAACAACAAGCGAAAAAACAACAGCAAGGGCAAAAACAAGUAAGAGGUGCACAACAAGUAAAUAAAACACAACAACAGCAAACAAAACAACAACAACAGCAAACAGCCGCGGAUCAAGAGUUUGUAACUGGCACCACAAAGAGAGGAAAACGAAAGCAGAAGAAGUUGCAAAAAGUUGAUCCAAGUAUCUUAGGAUUUUCGGUCAACGCGGCUUCGGACAGAGUGAACAUGGGUGAGAUCGAAACUCCCAAAGACAGCUGAAAACCGGAUCUCUCCGGAUCGAACUGGUUUAGGGCUGCGCCGCCCUUGUUUUUAUUGACUUGCCCUGAGACACAGCGCCGCGCGAAGGUCGUGGGUUUGGUGUUUGGUGAAAAGAAAGAACAAGGCGUGUGUUGUGCACAGAUUUUUUUAUUCCAUUUUUUUAUUAUUUUUUGGGAAGUGGUCAAAAAGCUUUUUUUUUGUCUUUAGGAAUCGACUUCGUUUGUUUUAUUUUAAGGCGAGCUCUAACAGCGUUUCUACUUUACUUCAGCGUUCCGUUCAUCGCGGUGAUUUUUUUUCGUCUUUUUUCAAAAAAAGUCCAGGGUCUUUUCACCCGAGAAUCGCCAUUCUAUACUUUACACUGUAUCAUCGGUUGUAUGUUCGAAUACUUAGUUUGGCAAACGCUGCAUACGCAGCUCGCCACACGUUUAAGGUGUUCAUUUGCGUGUACUUUUGUUUUUAAUUUUUAAACCCAUUAUUUCAGCAGCUAAGAAUCCGCCGUAUCCGAAAAAACGGGGCAAAAAUAUCAUUAGGUUUCAUUAUGCUUUUAUAAUUGGACGUUGCCACUGCCGUUUGGAUACAUCUGGCUACUGUUUAAUAUCUGUGUGUUAAGCUGGUAGAGUUACAAUAAUAAACUUCACCGCGAUUAGAAA